AUGUUGGCCUCUAUUCUCUGCGAAAACACCAAAGGCUUGAAGCACCGAAGCAGGCCAAGAAACCAAAGACUUGCUAGAUCUUUGCGAGCCCGUUUCCCCACCCAUCAAGAUGUGUUUUUUGUUUGUUUUCUGGACAGUAGCAUUUCUAUCCAAUUUUCUGUCAUCUACACAUUUGAUCACGUCUUCAUUCAAGUGAUUAAUAAAACUAUUGGACCAGAGCUGUUCCUUGUGGCAUCCCUGAAGAGCCUCUUGCACUCUGCUCCUAUAAUUCUACUUGUUAAUACUGGUAGCAGUAUCCCUGGUUCUAUGAACACAUCUCAUAAUUUUAUAGUUGCAGGUCAGAGCCUGAAUAUAAGCAGUGGAGAUACUUGGUGGAAGACAGAAGACUGCCCCGAAACUCCAUCUCUGGAGUUCUUGGAGUCAAACCAACCUGAAGGGAUCCAACAUGUCAAGCAGGAGCAUGAGGAAGCCUAUUGGGACCUUGACUUUCUCCUAAAAAAUUUUUCUACCUCAGGGCAAAAUGCCAGUCUUUCUCGAGUUGACCAAGAGGACCAGACCUCAGUGUCUGCUGUCUGUCAGACAGUGUCAGUUGAGGAGGAAGUCAGCAAAAAGCUCCCAGGAAGCCUCAAGGUUGCAGAAGUUCCUGGUUCCUCAAGCUCGGAAGUCCAGUUCCUGCUAAAAGAGAACUCUGUGAACUGUGCCCCGAUCCCAGCCAGUUAUUCCCAGGAUAUAAUAGAGCCCAAUAAGAGUCUAGUAUUUUCCAACAAUCAAUUGCCACACUUUGCCCAGGGAGAUCCUGUGGCUCUUGUUGCAGCAGGGCAACAGCCCAGGGAGCCCAGACAAAAAUCUCUCGGGCAAUAUUAUCAUGUAACCUGUGAAGCCUAUGUACAGCCAAGUCCUCACUUGCUAGGCAAACAUGCUUCUUACAAUCAGUUUCCACCAGCUGCAGUGGCUUCCCAGCUGCCACACUGCAGUCUGCUGAAUGGUUACCAUCCUUUCUCCCAUAACCCAUAUCAAGCCCGAGUUCAAAUGUACCAGACAGAUUCUGUUCUCCAUGCUUUGCCACUCCUUGGUUUCAGGAAACCACCGUCACCUACUAGAGAAGCCAUAGCCAAGCCUAAGAAAGGACACAAACAAUGGUCCCACAAGCGGCCUGCUAGUCAUAUCUGCAGUCAUCCCAGUUGUGGGAAGACAUACACCAAGAGCUCCCAUCUCAAGGCUCACCUUCGCACACAUACAGGAGAGAAGCCAUAUCACUGCACUUGGGAAGGAUGUGGUUGGAAAUUUGCCCGUUCAGAUGAGCUGACUCGCCAUUAUCGUAAACACACAGGACAGCGUCCAUUCAAGUGUCACCUCUGUCAACGUGCUUUCUCACGUUCAGAUCACCUCUCUCUACAUUUGAAGAGACACGUGUGACAAAUAAACAUUUUGGAUUGCAAUAGAUAUUCUAACUCAUAAGGAAACCUCACAGUGGGAUAGUGAUUGUGGGGUGAGGGAGGUAUCUCUGCAUGUUUCCAUUUCCUACAAAGAAGGCACACCUGCCUUUGUCCCUUGGGGUAUUAGCCAAGAGAAUGUAAUGGAGACUAGUUACCUAGUUGGACUCCCAGACUGAAGGGUUUUAGCUGUGUUAUUCUAUCACUACUAAAAAAAACAUGAUACCCAUAUUUUGAAACCUAAAUUGGGCAUUCUUGUAUCUUUUUCUUCUCUUCCUACUAAAUAGCAUUCAAGUUAUUUCUAAGACCACAAAGCUAUUGUCAUCUAGGCUAUAGAAGAACCUUUUAUAUUUCAUUGAUCUUGCAUUAAGAAGAGAUCACUUUUUCCAUAGCCUAAAACAUUCCUGUAGGUAUGAUUUACUUUGGUUUAAUGCCAGAGAUAUGAGAAAGGGAUCUGAGGCAGCAGUGAAGCCAACGCAAUUAGUCUAAUGCAUUCUUAGAUAUAUUUUCUGAAUACAUGAAAUUGGAAUAAGGGCUAGGGUCUAUAGCUAUCAGUAUUAAAAUGAAGGCAUUGAAGUUUCCCUCACUGGCAGAUCCUGGAAAUGAGAUUUAUUUUGAUCUUCUAUUAGGAUCAAAUGUUGAAGGAGCUGAUGGAGUAGUCCUUUUUCCUGGGCUAAAAAAUAAGGGAACAAAGGAGUUCCUUUAUUGUAUCUGGCAUAGUUUUAUUGGUGAAAAAUGGACACAUCUGCAUGUAUCAAAUUAUUCCUUUUUUAUUAUGCUUUUGUAUCUUUUGAACUGAACAACCAUGAUGUGAAGGAGAACACAACUUUCCUUUUUUAACAGUUGUGUGCUGAAGAGUGUAAUUUUUUUAUGCAAAUUAGACUUGCUGAAAGGUCUACAUCUUGCGAUUAUUAAAAGGCCACCAUCCAAUGUCAAA